AUGGGUGAAGCCACAUGGAUACUGAGGAUCAAUAUAUUUGUCAGUGUGUUUCUUGUGAUUCGACCUUCAGAGUUCCCUUCGUUUUUCGAUGAUGAUGAUUUGAAGGAUCUGGGCGUAAAAGGACACAAGUCCCAAUACAAUCCACCUACAGCAACAGGACGGUCUACAGACCAUGGUCCGGGGUACGUCCCUGCCCCUCGGAAUGAUGAAAAUACUGCCAUCAUACCUCCGAACGGACUGCCUGUUAAAAAGAAACCUUUCAAUCCUUAUGAAGAAGAAGAAGGGGAAUCAAUUUUCCCUGAGGAUGAUGGGAAAGCGUUCGGAGGGGAUGACUUCACGGAUUUAGAUCAACUGUGGGAUGAAUUCAGAAAACUAGUAGCUAUGGAAGGGGAGAAAUAUAAAGACGGAGAAAUUAUGGAAAAUUGGGAAGAUGAUGCACAUAUGUGGGCUGGCCGAAUGAGGCCAAAUUUGCCGGUUGGCAGUCCAAGUCAUGGGCUCUCAGCAUAUUGGAGUGACAAUGAAGAUGAAAUCCCUAAGGAUUCCACUAAUCAGGCGAGUCCAUGGGAGCAAUCUCCAGCCGAAGGUGAAAGGUUUGAUUUCCAGAAAUACGGCGUUCAAGAUCCCAGCGAGCCUAAACCUCAGACUGGGGGCCCAGGUCCAGGGAUGCCUUUCGGUCCAGCCAUGGGCCAAAGCCCUGGAAGUGGUAUGAAUAUGGGUGGACCCCCUCCUUGGGCACAAGGUGGGGGUCCACCAAGAGGUCCCCAUCGGGCUCCCGUUGAACCAGGUGGCUCUCCGCCCACAGGGAUGAAACAGGGUGGCCAGGGGGCAAGUGGUAUUUUCUUGGGUGGUGCUCCACCCCCUGGAUGGCAUCCCGGUAAAGCUCCUGGGGGUACGAGUCUGGGUUUGCCCCCUACUGCACAAACUCAGGGCGCUAGCGGGGGAAUGAACAUGGAAGGAAUGCCUCCUGGCAUGGGUCAAGCUGGACCACAUGGUAGGGGAAUGAGCAUGAAUAGACCACCUCCGGGAUGGGGUCAAACUGGGGGUCAAUUACCGGGUGGGGGUAUUAAUAUGGCUGGACCACUUUCUGGAGUGGGUCAAGGUGCGGGUCAAUUACCGGGUGGGGGUAUUAAUAUGGCUGGACCACUUUCUGGAGUGGGUCAAGGUGCGGGUCGUAUACCUGGUGGGGCAAUGAGCAUGAACGGACCACCUCCGGGAUGGGGUCCAGGUGGGGGUCAAGACCCUAGCGAGGGUAUGGAUAUGGACGGACCACCUGCUGGUUGGGGUCAAGGUGGGAGUCAAGGCCCUGGUGGAGAAAUGAGUAUGGAUGGACCACCCCCAGGAUGGAGUCAAGAUGAAGAUCAAGAUUCUGGUGAGGAAAUGAGCAUGGAAGGACCACCCCCGGGUUGGGGCCAAGAUGAGGGUCAAAGCCCUGGUGAGGAAAUGGGCAUAGAUGGACCACCCCCUGGAUGGGGUCAAAGUGGAAGUCAAGGUCCUGGUGAAGAUACGAAUAUGGAGGGACCACCUCCAGGAUGGGGUCCAAGUGGAUUUCAGGGCUCUGGUGGAAAAAUGAGUAUGAAUGGACCACCUCCAGGAUGGGGUCAAGGAAUGGACCAAGGCCCUGGCCGAGGUAUGGGCAAGGGUGGACCUCCCCCUGGAUUAGGUAAAGGUAGGCUCCUUGUGCCUGGUGGUGGCAUGAAGAUGGGUAAACCACCUCCUGGAUGGAGUCAAGGCGGGGGUAAAUUUCCUGGUGAGGGUAUGAACAUGGGCGGACCACUCAAGGGGUGGGGACAAAGACCUGGACCUGGUAUUAAUAUGGCUGGCCCUCCUCCAAACUGGGGACAAGGUGGAGUUCCGCCAAGAGAUCCUAGCCUUGGUCGUGGCAUUCCCAAGAGUGGAAUGUCUAGUUUUGGACCAGGUGUGCCGAAUCCUUUAGGUGGUUUAGGCCAAGGUGGAGUUGCACCAAGAGGUCCUAAGAGCCUGGAUUUUGGUAUGCCCAGGAGUCUAUUGUCCGGUUAUGGACAAGGAGGGCCCUAUCCUUCAGGUGGUUUAGGCAAAAGUGGAGUUCCACCAAGAGGUCCUGGCCUCGGUCGUGGCAGUCCCAAGAGUGGAUUGUCCAGUUUUGGACCAGGUGGGCCGAACCCUUUAGGUGGUUUGGGCCAAGGUGGUCCACCACAACCUCAGGGUCCGGUGGGACAGCCCAUGAAGGUGAAUCGACGACAAAUGGAAGAAGAUAUGCCAGAAUAUGGUAAUCCAAACGACAAUCUAAUGGGUCCACUAUAUCGUUCGCUACCCCCUGCAUCGACGGUUUAUUACAAGGGUAAUAACCCAGAUCUACCAGAAGAUAGAUUACCAACAGCCCAAGAUGACAGAUGGAUGCUUCCUGGACAAGAACAGCCUGAACCAACACAAUCUAACGAAUUGGAGUUGGAUGACUUGAAGCGAUUACAACCUCGCCCUAAUAUGGCGGGAUCUUUCGUUUUGAGUGAACCUGUUAAUACCCAUCCUGUCUUUGACAUGAAUGCGCGACCUGAUAGUAUGCCAGUCCACUCGGGAGGUAGGAUGCCCGGACCUGGCUCUGAACGGGAUUUUCCAAACGGCUACAUCCCACAUGAACCUACUCCGCUACAAAUGUACCAAAAUAUCAUGCAUUCAGCUCAAAAUGACGCUAGCCAAGAACGGGUUAACGCCCCGUUUGGUUCAAAUUACCCUAAAUCUAUGGCAGAAGCUCUAAGAGGUGUGAAUAUCCCAGGAGUGGGUGAUUUUACAGAUGCAAAUCCGGAAAUGCAAAAGGCGCUAAGAAUGGGAGGACCUGGUGGAUUUCAGGGUCCAGGUGGACCCGGUUCCGAAAGUAAUUCUAGGGUAGCUAGGGAGAACGCGAAGAGGGGUCCUCCGGGUGUUGGUUACAAUAACUGGGGUAGCUCAGUAAUGCAAGUUCGCACUCCAAUCAUCGAACCUCAUCCUCGACCCGGUAUGGACCGUGCCCGCUAUCCGGAAUGGAAGCAUAACGAUGAGCUACCAGAAUAUCAAGAUAGCCCUAAAGGUGGUGAACAAGGGGCUUGGCAAAGUCCAGAUGGUUCGUCAGGGUUCAGCCCUCCAGGAGAGCCAGCGUUUCAACCCCCUGGGAUGGAUGACGGUGAGGGCUUGGAAUUGCCCCAAGGAAUGCAUUUAGGCCCAGUAUCGGGUAAAGAUAGGCCACCACCAGAGGCAGCCUAUCCGGAUGACUCGGACAUUCCCAGUUCGGUUUUAGAAAAUCUAGCUUUGAGACAAAAACCUGAAUCAAAAUUGAGUAAGGUCGUAAAAAUGGCGAUAAAAUACUCAACCCCGGAAGAAGAUCAAGGUGGAUUUAAACCUAAAAAUAGAAAUCUGGUACCAACUAAAGAAGAAAUAUUGAAGGGUUUGCCUCUAUACGUAAGUCAAGGCAUUUGUUAA